AUGUACAUUCCAAACACGACGUGGACCUGGUCUUUCGCCGUUGUAACUUUUAUCCAAACUCUCGUAACACUCGCCCUGGAGAUUUACAUCUUCGUCAAUUUCCAAGUCCAGGAAGUGGCCAACGACAGUCCUUCGUCCAAAACAAUCCCAACUUUCCUCGCGCUGUACAGUUUCGGCUUCCUUUACGAGCUGGUCUUGGUGUAUGAUGCCUUGCAAGCAAAGAACACCAUUCAGGUUAUCGGCCUUUGCUUGUGCAACGUGGGUCUGUUGAUCUAUGGCGCGGUCCAGGUGCAGCAAAUCCGAAACGCGGUCAACAACUUGCACCUAAUGCAUAAGAUUGAUGAUCUUGUUUGGGUGGAGUCAGAGCCGUUUCUCAUUAUAAUUCCAUGCAUUGUCGCAUUAGGCACUGUGUUGAUGACUUUUGUGGCAUGGAAGUUGUAUGACGAAUUUGCCUGGACAAUCUACAAGCACAUUAGUGCUGAUUUGCGCAUGAAGCGCCGUUAUCUGACUUAUCAGAUCUACAUCGCCCUUCUGAAGUUUGAUUUCUUCUUCUUCCUCGGCUUCACCGUACAGUUCCUUGUUGUCGUGUCGUCCUCCAGCCAUAAUGCCGAGUUCUACCUCACCAUCGUCGCUGUUCCCGUGACCAUCAUUAUCCUUGCCUUCGGUGCUUGGUUUGUUCGUCGAGAAUCGACUAGCGGCAUGAUCGUCAUCAUUCUGCUGUUCUUUGCCGCUAUGGCCUACUUCGUCUUCAAGCUCUUCCGCAUGUACGCCCAAGCAACCUACAUCGACUAUCUCCCGGCUCGUCCCUCAAUGACAUUUUUCGCCGUCAUCACGCUCAUCCUGAUUGUGAUCACCAUUAUUAAUGCUUGCAUGUGCGUAAACAACUUCCAUCGCGGUCUAAAACCGCACAUCAGCAAGAAGAAGGUCAAACCUGAGGAGAAGACCACCGAGCUUUCAUCCAACUUGGCUGGCAGCGCAAUCCCAUCUCGCAUGAUGAUUGACUGA